AUGUCUACUAUUAACCCUACCCCAAAAAAAGAUACCCGAACCAUUUUUGGUUCUUCCCAAACUGAUCCGAAUAAGAUUUUGCCGAUGAAAUACUUGUGGGCUCGUAAAUAUUAUAAAGAUGGUAUUGCUAAUAAUUGGGUUCCGGAAGAGAUUGCUAUGCAGUCCGAUGUCGGGCAGUGGAAAUCUGCGACCUUCCUUAGUUUUUUUUCCACUGCUGAGUCAUUAACGGCUAAUAAUCUGGUUUUGGCAGUCUAUCGUCAUGUUACUAAUCCUGAAUGUCGACAAUAUUUAUUACGACAAGCUUUUGAAGAAGCGGUUCAUACCGAUACUUUUAUUUAUUGUUGUGAUAGUUUAGGUUUAAACCCAGAUGAAAUAUAUAAUAUGUAUCUAACUAUUCCUUCAAUUGAAGAAAAAGAUAAUUUCGUUAUUGAAUUAACUAAAUCGAUAUUUGAUCCCAAGUUUGAAAUUAAAAAUGAUAAAGAUAUUCAAAUUUUCCUCCACGAUUUAAUUGGAUAUUAUGUGAUAAUGGAAGGGAUAUUUUUCUAUGCUGGCUUUGCCAUGAUGUUAGCCUUAAAGCGCAGUAAUAAAAUGGUUGGUAUUGGUCAACAAUUUGAGUUCAUUAUGCGUGAUGAAAAAAUUAUAGAAUUGAUUAAGAAAGCGGUAGAAUUAGAAAAAAAAUAUGCCUUGGAUGCUUGCCCAGAAGGAGUAACCGGAAUUAAUGCUGAACAAUUCAGCAAAUAUGUCGAAUAUAGUGUUGAUUUAAAUAAAGAAAAGAACUUUUUUGAAACCCGUCUGACUGAAUAUCAAACUGGUUCUCUGGAAUGGGAUGACGAAGAGUAG